AGUGCCGCUGUUGGUCAAUAUGUCAGUGUAGAGAGCAGAUCUGCUGCAGUUCCACCCCCAUCAUCUCCAUAUUAUUAGAGAGAGACAGAAGCUGAGAGCACAGUGUGAGGAGGAGAGAGCAGACAAAACACGGAGAUACGCUAUUCAUUAUCAUUCUCUUAUAAUUUAUUUUGUCGUUGUUGUUGCUAGUUCAUGUGUCUUUGGGAUUAUUUAUGAUUUUCUGAAGCUUUUUGGACUAAUUUUGCCUUCUGCUUUAAUCUUCGUUCUCUGGGCUCCUGCAAAAUGUCGGAUAGAACAAUGGCGCGGCAAGUAUUGCUGUUUAUUUGGUUUCUCUCUGUCAGCUCAGCUCUCGGGCAGGUCAGUUACUCCAUUCCUGAGGAAAUGGCCAAAGGCUCUUUAGUCGGGAACAUAGCGCAGGAUUUGGGUUUAGAUUUAAAGAGGCUGAAAUCGGGGAAAGCGCGGAUUUAUACAGGAGACAGCGCUGAAUACAUCGAGCUGAAUAAAGAAAGAGGAGUCCUCCUUAUCAAAGAGAGAAUAGACCGAGAGGCGCUGUGCGGACAGACAACGCCUUGCGCGCUGCAUCUGCAGAUCAUACUCGAAAACCCCAUGGAGUUUUUUACAGUUACAAUUGAAAUAACAGAUGUUAAUGACAACACGCCCAUUUUUAAAAAGAGAAGUGUUGUUUUUAAAAUCAGCGAAUCUGUUAUUUUAGGCUCUAAAUUUAUGUUGGAGCCUGCUGUAGAUCUUGACGUGGGAAUUAAUGGUCUUCAGAGCUAUAUGCUGAAACCAACAGAUAACUUUAGUCUUAAAUUUAAAAAUCAAGCAGGAGACGGAAAACAUGUGGAAAUGGUUCUGCAAAAACCUUUAGAUCGUGAAAAACAGAAUGAAAUAAAAUUAGUCCUCACAGCUGUUGAUGGAGGAGAUCCUCAGUUAUCUGGAAGUAUAGAUAUUCACAUCACUGUGUUAGACGCAAACGACAAUGCGCCUGUUUUCAUGCAGUCCGUUUAUAAAGCAACUGUGACAGAAAAUGCGCCAAAAGACACGAUUGUGUCCACAGUGAGCGCAACUGACGCCGACGAGGGUAUAAAUAGUAAAAUAGAGUAUUCCAUUGCCAACAUGGAAGAUGAUGUUCAGCGAUUAUUUGCCAUUAAUAGAGAUAAUGGUCAAGUCAGUGUGGUCGGCAUAAUAGAUUUUGAAAGAGCUCGUAACUAUGAGAUACGCGUGCAGGCGAGUGAUCAAGGUGGCCUGACUGAUUCAUGUAAGAUCAUAGUUGAUGUUGUUGAUAUAAAUGACAAUGCUCCAGUAAUCAAUAUCAUGUCUAAAACAAACGUGAUAGCUGAAAACUCUGCAUCUGAGACGGUUGUUACAAUGAUAAAUGUUCAAGAUGUUGAUUCGGGAGAUAAUGGGAAAGUUCAGUGUUCUGUUAAUGAAAAUAUUCCCUUUUCUCUUAAAUCCACAAAUAAUAAUUUCUUCAGUUUAGUCACUGAUGGUGAUUUAGAUCGCGAGCGAGAGUCUGAGUAUAACAUCAGUGUGACGUGUGCUGAUGAGGGCGUGCCCUCUCUCUCCAGCAGCGUCACUCUCUCCUUACAGAUAUCAGAUGUGAAUGAUAACGCGCCUGUCUUUGAGCAGAGCUCAUAUCAGGCCUCUGUUCAGGAAAACAACACACCUGGUCUUUCCAUAUUCACAGUCAGAGCCAGAGACGCAGAUUUUAACCAGAACGCCCGUGUGUCCUACAUACUGGAGGACUCGUCGGUUAACGGAGUGCCCGUGUCCUCGUUAGUGUCCGUUAGUGCUGAUAGUGGAGUCAUACAUGCAGUGCGAUCUUUCGAUUACGAGCAGAUCAAAGAGUUCCAGUUCCGCGUAAAAGCGCAGGACGGAGGCUCUCCUCCUCUCAGCAGCAACGCGAGCGUCAAAAUCCUGAUUCAGGACCAGAAUGACAACGCGCCUCAGGUUCUGUAUCCGGUCCAGUCAGGCGCUUCUGUGGUGGCUGAAAUAGUGCCUCGUUCGGCAGAUGUGGGUUAUCUGGUGACUAAAGUGGUGGCUGUUGAUGUGGACUCUGGACAGAACGCCUGGCUCUCCUAUAAACUGCACAAAGCCACAGACAGGGCGCUGUUUGAAGUGGGCGCACAGAAUGGAGAAAUCAGAACUGUCCGGCAAGUGACAGAUAAAGAUGCUGUCAAACAAAGACUCACUGUUGUAGUGGAGGACAACGGGCAGCCCUCUCGAUCAGCUACAGUCAAUGUUAACGUGGCGGUGGCGGACAGCUUCCCUGAGGUGCUCUCGGAGUUCACCGACUUUACGCACGACAAGGAAUACAACGACAACCUGACUUUCUAUCUCGUCUUGGCCUUGGCUUUAGUGUCGUUUCUCUUUAUCGUGUCCGUCAUCGCCAUACUGUCAGUCAAAUGCUACAGAUGGAGACGCGAGCGGAUGUUUUAUAAAUCUGGAGCGAAUCUUCCGGUUAUUCCGUAUUAUCCGCCUCUUUACGCAGAUGUAGGAGGCACAGGAACUUUACAGCACGUGUACAAUUAUGAGGUUUGCAGAACCACUGACUCCAGAAAGAGUGAUGUGAAAUACGGCAAACCUUGCAGUGAGAGCAUCAUUAGUCUGGACACCAGUGGGACACAGACACUCACGCAUGCGCAAAGAGGAAAACUGGUCAGUGGAGAUUUUGAUGAUCAGGUGAGGCUUUCUUAUUAACAAUAUGUGUUGUAA